CUUCGAAUAUGUCGCUGGUGUAGUUCUCAAGUGAUUUCCCGUAAUUCUCAGCUUUGUCGCCAUGUUCUUCGUGCUUGGCCGGGCUUUCACAUUCGGAGUAGGAGCGGCAGAUCUCGGUGCCGGCGGCAUAAGGAAGAGUGUGCAUUGAUGUUCAAUUCAAUUUUGUAUUGCUAUUGACUCCUGAAGAGUUCUUCUAGUCAAGGAACCAAGAUUGAAGAACACAAAAGGCUUAUUCUAAUCCAUCAAAUCAAUGUAGCUGCUUUCUUACUCAGCACGGAAGAGCAGAGGCGAUGCUAUUUGCCGUCGAAGGCGGAGGCUUUUUCUCUUCAUCAGCGAAAGGUUAUAGCAAGGGUCUUGCCCUUCUGCUCCUCAGCCAAAGAAAUGAAGAAAAACCUAUAAAAAUAACAGCUUUGAGUCAGUAUAAGCCGGUCAAACAGGAAGGCGUCGAAGAUUUUCAGCUGGCUUCAAGAAAAAGUAGAGUGCCUUACCGAUGCGCUUCCUUUAUCCGUUUUGGUUGUGCCUCCUCCGAAUCCGAUAAUUCAUCUCCUCUGAAAGUCGGUCCAGUUCGGCAGCCGGAAAAUUCAAAAUCUUCUUUAGCUUCUGAUGAAAAUGUCUAUAGUUCUAGUAAUGAAAAUGUUAGUUACAAUGAGAGAAAAUCUUGUCUCAAGAGCUCUCUGAAAAGGCCUUCAGAUAAUGAUUCUGUAGUAGGUAGGAUUGUGAAAGAAUCAACUGAAGGAGAGUCCAGAUCAGGUAUUAUGGUCGGGCGAAAGGUUCAAUGGACAGAUGCGAGUGGAAGAGAGCUUUUUCAGAUAAGAGAGUUUGAAUGCAGCGGCGAUGAUGCUUCGGAUUGCGAAUAUGAGAACAGAAGGCAUAAAAAGUGCUUUUGUGUCAUUCAAUAGACAUCGGAUUCUUUAGAGCCAUCAUCAGUCCAUAAACCAAAAUCCAAACAUGGAUUCUCCAUCUAAACUUCUGCACUGCUCUUUCAUUCAGGUCUCUGUUCUCCUCAGCUGCGGCUAUAGUAACAGCAGAAGCACUUUUCAUGUUCUUCAAACAUUCAGAACCUGCUUUGAGAAAAAAAAAAAAAAUCAAAAUUUUUGGUCUAAGCUUUCUAUCCAUACCUGCAUUUUUUUUUUUGUGUAGUGGUAUUAUUGUAUUUUUUGCUUUAAAAUGUGUGCUGCAUUGUUCAGGUAUGUAGAUUUGUCUUAUAUCAUUUUGCUCAUCAUUGGUGAGCUUUAUGUUGCCGUGUAGUUUUCUGCAAUCACACUUCCUGCAGGAUUUGCAGUUUCAUU